CUCUGAUUAAUUUUCUUACAAACCUCAUUUGCUCCACCUUCGAUCCAUUGGAUUCAGAUUAGAGAGAAAGAGGAAGAUCUCAUCAAUUUUCCUUUCUUUCUCUCUAUCUGUUUCCUUCUCUCUUUUUUUCUUUUUUUCAUUUUCUUCUUCUAUGAGGAAGCUGUGCCCUAAUUUGGAUAAGGAAGAUGGGCUUGAGACAGUUUUAGAGGUUCCCGUUCCUGAAGAAAUGUUCGCCAGCAUGGGCAGCAAUGGAGCUUCGCGAUGGGCAAAUAUGCGUGCAUUAAUGAAAGCUCAAUCUGCCGAUAAAUCGUCACAUCUCCAAGCUAAAUCCGAUAAUGAGUUUAUUGCAUUGCUCAAGCUUGUUGGCUCUCCUCUUAUCCCUAUUCAAAUCCACACUGAUCAGUCCGUCACUCGCCCUAUCACCGAUGGUUCCAUUGAAGCAUUGACUGCAAAAUAUAUAGUGCAACAAUAUGUAGCAGCAGCAGGAGGAACAGUGGUGUUGAAUUCAUUGACUAGUAUGUGUGCAGUAGGCCAAGUUAGGAUGGCUGGGUCAGAAAUGCAAGAGGGCGAUGAUAGUUUGCAGACGGGAGGAAAUUCUGAAGUUGGUGGGUUUGUUAUUUGGCAGAAAAAUCCUGACCUAUGGUACCUUGAACUUGUUGUUGCUGGUUAUAAGGUUAGUGCAGGUAGUGAUGGCAAGGUUGCUUGGAACCAGUCCUCUUCUCAACCUUGUCAUGCCAAUAGAGGCCCACCUCGUCCCUUGAGACGAUUCUUCCAGGGAUUGAAUCCCAGGUGCAUAGCCAACUUGUUCUUGGAAGCUGUAUGCAUUGGGGAGAAGAAAAUCAUUAAUGAAGAUUGUUUUGUACUAAAGCUCGAGACAGAUGCCAAAAUCCUCAAAUCUCAAAGUUCAUCCAAUACAGAAAUCCUUCACCAUACAAUAUGGGGUUACUUCAGCCAAAGAACAGGAUUCCUUGUCAAAUUUGAAGAUACAAAAUUGGUGAAGAUGAAGCCAUUAAAAGGAAACGAUAGCGUGUUUUGGGAAACGAGUAUGGAGUCAGUGAUUGACGAUUAUAGAUGUAUUGAAGGCAUCAAUAUAGCACAUGGUGGAAAAACCGUUACGACGUUAUACAGGUACGGAGAAUCACAAAAUCACAAGAGAAAGAUUGAAGAAACAUGGAGAAUUGAAGAAGUUGAUUUUAAUAUUUCUGGGUUGUAUAGAGAUUACUUUCUACCUCCUGCUGAUCUCGUGCGAGAGCUAGAAGGCGGAGAGCAAUGAGUGAAUUACAAUUUUCUUUUCUUUUUAAUUUUUGACUUUUUUUGUGUUAGAGGGAGAAUUGAAAAUUGAGGAAAUUUCCUCGUAGAUAUAUAUAGAUAGACUUGAAAUUAAGUCAAUUGCUAUGGAUUAAGUAGGAAAACGGCUGAGCAGUGAAAUUUUGAUGAUGGAAUGCUAGUAUCCGAACUUUAGACGACCCGUCGUUUUUGAGGUGGACAGGUCAGUUUAAGAACGAUCGUUUGUUAACGGUAACUGACUCGUGGUUUGAAAACUACAGGGUAAACGUCAAUAAUUAAACCGCAGUCUGCGGAAGCGGAAAUACAGAUAAACGACAGGACCUUUAUAAAUGGUUGGGCUUAAAGCUUCGAUCAAAUUAAGGUGUACAUUAAGCCUUUUGUGCCCUUUUUGAUGGGUCCAGGCCCAGGCCCUCUUCCAAAAUUUCGCCCUAUUUCCUAUAAAACCCUAAUUCAUGUUAUUUAAAGCCAUUCCCCGAUUCUCUCUUCUUCUUGCCGUUGUAAGAUCAGUGGCUGUAGGUAAUCAGUAAUCGAUCUCUUUCUUUCAGUAGAUUUCCUCUUCGUAUUAGAAUAGCAGAAAGUCUUUUUCUUUUCUUAGAAUUUGGGAAUCUAUCACAUCAUAUUUAGAUUUAUUCAUAUUUUUUGAAAGAGAGAGUUGCAUCUGUUUUACCCACUCCUGAUAUGGCAGAUUUCAAUGCUAGAGGAGUUAUAACGGAUGCACAGAACGAAAAGGUUAGCUUACCAGCCCAUUGCAUCUUUGAUCUUGCCUUGGUGUCAAAUGGACUCACCGAAAUUCUUAUAUAUUCUCUUCUUUUAUUUUUUAUUUUUAAAAUUUUUUUCGAAAUAGAAAUACGAAGAGCUUGUGGCAAAGUGAUGAAUAAGUUCUUAUCCUACACACUGAAUUGUUGUGUUGACUUACAAACUCCGCUUAUUAUCUGAUGCCAUUAAAUCUCACAUAUGUUUAUUCUGGGUUUUUAUUUAGCUAAAUAUGGCUUUUCUUAGCGUUAAUAAUGCUCUGAUCAAUGAUUAUAAUAGAGUAUAUGAAGGUAGAUGAUGGAGAAAAAUCUUAUCCUACAUACUGAAUUAAAUUUUAGAUGUGGAUUAAAACUCCGCUUAUUAUCUGAUGCCUUUUUUCUCUGUUAGGAUUGAGAGCUUUUCUGAAAAUUGAAAAAGAUAAUUGUGUGUGUUCUUACAAUGAUGAGAAAAAAAGCAGACGGGCGGUCAGAAUCUGAUGCCGUGUUGAUUGUCUGCAAUUUCCACUCUUGUGGAUUAUCUCUGAGGUUUUACUACUACAAUUUGGUCAUUAUUUUGCUGUGUUUGCUCAUGUGGCGUUAUGGCUGAAUUUAAUCACCAACAAAAGCAAUGAUGAAGUUGCUCUAAUAUGUCUGGACAUAUGAGAUUUGUCUGUGAUAUGAUAAAUGCAUCUUCUGAGCCGAGAAUCAGAAGUUGGAUAACAAUUUGAAUUUCCCUUUUUUAUUUUUGAUUAUUGGACCUAAUCACUUCCCAAUUUGAAUGUCUGUGGUUAAAUGUUUAUGCUGAUUGAAUCUGAAUAACCAUCGGAUAAAGAUUGGAUUUUGAGUUAAUUUAUCA